AUGCCUAGCUACAUUGUUACUUGCAAGGACGACGCGACCCCUGAGCAGGUCGAGGCUGCCAAGCAGCACGCCAAGGACCAAGGCGGCACCAUCGGACACGAGUACUCGCUCAUCAAGGGCUUCUCUGUUUCCUUCCCCAACGACGCCGUCACGACCCUCGAGAGCAACGAGCACGUCAAGGCGGUCGAGCAGGACGGCCAGAUGCACACGCAGUAG